AAGAAAAACAACAUGUGUUGAGUAAGAGCUUGUUUUGGAGCCGCUUGAAGAUCGCCAAAAAUGUUCCUCAAGCUAUUUGCUCGCCUUUUAAAACCAUCCACGCUAGGGCCCUUUACAGAAUCAAUCCAGCGCGCGGCACUUACCGGUGCUCCAUGGCAGAGCGUUGCACCGUUCACGGCGACCUUCCACCGAUGGAACAGCUCCAGUGCGGCCGUAUCCAUUGCGGACAAAAUCACAACCGAUGUCGUGAAUAAACAGCUGGAAGCGGGAACGGAGGGCAGACUGUUCGCCGUGGUACAGCUGUGCGGUAAACAGUUCAAGAUUACGGCCGGAGACAUUGUUGUCGUGGAAGGUUACUGGCCACCGGAAAACGGAGACCGGUUGAGGUUGGAUAAGGUGCUGCUGGCCGGCGGCACCGACUUUUCUCUCAUAGGUCGGCCAUUGUUGGCGCCGGGAUUGGUGGAUGUGCAGGCCACCAUCAUCGAGAAAACGCUGUCCCACACGCGGACCCACUUUCGCAAGAAGCGAAGAAAGCAGUACAUGCGGAUCAACUUUUACCGAACGCAGCAAACGAUGAUGCGCAUAAAUUCGAUCGAAAUCACGCGAAAUCUAGGUGCCGAUGCGGGAAAGCCAGAGUUCAAUGAAGAUAGAUUUUUUUAAGUCCUGAAAGACACCUGAAAUAGCGACAAAUAAAUUAACAUCAUAAUCGAUUUAUCGUUCA